CGUGGUAACGCUUAUGAGCACCCUUCAUUCUGGACACCAUCAUGCUCUUUGCGAAAGAUUCACCAAGGAUCGUGCAAAGUAUGAUGGGCACCACAGGAUCCGUAUUCUCAGACCUGAGGCUAUUUGCGACUACAACGCCCACAUGGGAGGUGUAGAUAAAUCAGACCAAAUGAUUAAAUAUUAUGAAGUAUUGCAUAAGAGCCUCAAGUACUGGAAGAAGAUCUUUCUGCACAUGAUUGACUUAGCUAUUCUCAACAGCUUCAUCAUGUUUACUGCCCUUCAAAAACAACAUCCUCAAGAUGAACGUCUCCAGAGGAAAGGGCAGUAUGCGCAGAAAGACUUCAGGUGUGAGCUUAUCCGAGGGUUGGCAGGAAUUGACAUUAGCGAACCAUUAGCACAAUUUUGUUUUUUGACAAAACGUAUGAUACAAAUUCCCGCACCGACACCACAACAACGGAGACGACAACAAGAAGAAGAACAACAACUACAACAGCAAAUACAGCAAUUACUAAUAUUAUCACAAGUACAACAACAUAGAGUAGACACACAACAACAACAUCUUAUACAACAACAACAACAACAACAACAGAUGCAACAAGAAAAAGAACAGAUGAAACAACAAAAAGAACAGAUGAAACAAGAAAAAGAACAGAUGCAACAACAAAAAGAACAACUGCAACAACAACUCACACAUGCACAACAACAAAUACAACAACAACAACAACAAAUACAACAACGACAACAACAGCAACAACAAAUGCAACAACAAAUGCAACAACAACAUUUACUGAUACAACAACAGCAACAACAAAUACAACAACAGCAACAACAACUACAACAGGUGCCAAACUCUCGGUAUAGCUCACACAUGCCGGUUAUAGCAGAGGGGUUAGUACGUUGCAUUGUUUGUGUAUCUGAAGGCAGACAUAACUCAAAAACCAGGUAUCGCUGCCAAGAAUGCAACGUCCCCCUCUGUGUGUCAUCUGCUGAGCGACAGUGUUUUAUAAAGUACCACACAGAAAAUGACUGAAAAUUGCCACACUGUGACUGUGUAUAUUGUAUAUUUCUAUUUAUAGUGUUGUAUAUUUCUAUUAUAUAUUGUUGUAUAUUUCUAUAUAUAUUUUUGUAUAUUUCUAUUUAUAUAUUGUUGUAUAUUUCUAUUUAUAUAUUGUUGUAUAUAGUAACAGUUUGUUGUUUUUUAGUGUUGGAUUAGGUGUAUAUAUGUGUAUAUAAUUGUAAGCGUGAAGUCACUGCUGCAAAUAUUUUGUAUUGGUUUAGCAUUUUGCAUAUCAAUAUUUUUUCAAAUAGUCAAUCAACUUGAUUGGAUUGUUAUGCAUAAUAGAGGUAAAAUAAACAGUUAGACGAAAUAAAAUAUUGAAACAGUUAGAGGUAGUUACAAAAGUUGUGUCAUUCAAACGAGCAAUUUAUGUACAUUUUAUACGUGUCAGAAUUGUUAUUUUUACUUCUAUAAUGUUGCUACAGUUGCAAAUAAUAGUAUUUUGUUAUGCGCGCGCUAGACUAUAAAGGCGCGCGCUAGAUAAUAAAGACGCGCGCUAGACAAUUAUAGGCGUGACAUAGUAGUGCAAAGGUCAUAGAGGGAGGGAACUUAGCAG